AAUUGUCAAAUGUCAAAAACAUAACCUAAAGAGAAGUGUAUCUGCUGAGUGCUGGCCUGCUAAUUUAUUUAUUGCUAGUGAAAAAUGUUACUUACAUUUCGGGCAGUCCGGACAGUUAAUAUACAAUUACAGCAGAUAAGAUGUGGACAUAGAGUAAGGGGCAAAGCCCCUAUUUAUUGCCGCACGAUAAAAGAACGUUUAGACGAACUGAACUAUAAAGAUGAGUUAUACACCACCAGAAUUGAUAUUGGUUUACCUCGAAUCAAGAAACCGUCGGGCGAAGAGCGUUUGUCGCGAGCCGACUACCUCAAACAAUUAAAAGAAGACAAAAAUAAAGAGCAACUAGCACGAAACUUAAAAUUAGAGAUUGAUUUGAGUGAAGCAAAAAAUGUUUGGCUUGAAACUUUAGGCCCACAGCACAAGAAACAAAUAGCAGAUCACUAUGCUAUAUUCGAACAUUUAUAUGGAGAAGGGUAUUUUGUCCCUUAUCUAAAUUUGGAAGUUUUGUAUGAUUUGAAGAAUGGUUCAUACCUCCCAGUUUAUACAGGGAAUGUUAUAAAACCAGCAGAAGCACUUGAAUACCCUAUUGUUAAUUAUGAGGCUGAUGCUGACAGUUUGUGGACAUUAGCCCUCACAAGCUUGGAUGGACAUUUGACUGACAAUGAUAAAGAAUAUGUACAUUGGUUAGUAGCUAAUAUUCCUGGCAAUUCUGUAGAGAAGGGUGAUACUAUUGUUGAAUACCUGCAGCCUUUCCCAUUGAAGGGGACUGGAUAUCACAGAUAUGCAUUUGUAUUGUACAAACAAGAAAAGAAUGUAACAUAUGACUUACCCAAAGUAUCUUCAGCAUCACUUGAAGACAGGACCUUUGUAACAAGGGAAUGGUAUAAAAAGUACCAGGAUGCAAUUACUCCUGCUGGGCUGGCAUUUUAUCAAACCAUCUGGGACAUUUCUGUCAAAGAUUUCUUCCAUAAAGUGCUGCAGACCAAGGAACCAGUUUAUGAGUAUGACUUCCCUCAACCAUACAUAAGGCCUCAAGAAUGGUUUCCUCUCAGAAGACCGUUUAACUUAUACAUGGACAAAUAUAGGGAUCCAAAGCAGAUCAACAAGGAGUAUUUAUUGCGUAAGCUAAGUGGUGAAGACCCAUUCAAGGCACCCCCACCACCAUUAAGGUUCCCUAAUGCCCAGCCUUUGCCAAAGAGCAUGCCAACAUGGCAGAAACUACAUGAAAAGAAGAUAAGGCUGGGAUGGGGUAGAAUCAAUGAUGUUUAGAUUAAAUAAAGUAUUUAGAUAGUGGUAAAAAUAAAA